AUAUAUUUAAACACACUUCCGGAUAUCUCUGUCUGUAUUAGCUGCAUGUUCACUUCCCUAUCUAUUUCCUCCAUCUCUCUGUGUUUAUCAUUCACCACUCCUUAGGUAAUUUUUCCGAUCUCGUUUUCGUGUUGUGUACCAAAUUGUCGGUCGCCUGACGAGCCGGUUCUUGAAGAGCAAGAACCUCAUAUUUCCAAUGGAUCCGUGUCCUUUCGUUCGUAUUGUGGUAAAAAACUUGGCUGUGAAGUAUUUGAGCAGUUCAAACAAAUCAGAUACUUCGUUCUACUGCAAAAUGAAGAUCAAGAACCUCCCAACUCAAAUCUCGAACAUCCCUAUACAACAAGCCCAGCAGCUUCUUGAUCAAGUCCAUGCUUCUUUUUGUCUCAACAAAUCACAGUUUGAGAAACUGAAUGAAAAAUCAAACCACCCGAGUUUCUUGAAGAUCAAGGUUUAUAAGAGAGAGCUGGGUUGUGGGUUGUUGAGUGAGAGUCUUUGCGGCUAUGUUUUGGUGGAUUUAAGAGGAGUUGAGAAUAAGGUUUCUGUGAUAAAGGAUGGGUGGGUUGAGGUUGAUAAGAAUGUUAAGGUGUGUUUGAAUGUUCGAGUUGAACCCGAUCCAAGAUUCGUGUUUGAGUUCGAUGGAAAGCCUGAGUGUAGUCCCCAAGUGUUUCAGGUUAAUGGGAAUGUUAGACAAGCUGUUUUCACUUGCAAGUUUGGGUUUAAAAAUUCCGGUGCCACCAAUCGCAGUUUAAGAUCAAGAUCAUCAUUGACAGAAUCAGGCAAAUCGAGAAGCUGGCUAAGUGGGAGUAAAAAAGAGCAAGGCCCGAAAGAGCGAAAAGGAUGGUCAAUUACGAUCCAUGAUCUCUCAGGCUCACCCGUGGCUACUGCGUCGAUGGUGACACCAUUUGUCCCAUCAACCGGAACUAACAGAGUGAGCAGAUCGAAUCCAGGAGCCUGGCUCAUUCUCCAGCCAGGCCAAUCUACCUGGAAGCCCUGGGGCCGUCUCGAGGCGUGGCUAGAAACCGGAGAUCAACUUGGCUACCGAUUCGAACAUUUCCCUGAUGGCAUCGACGCAAUCACUCUCACAAAUUCCACACUAAGCACCAAAAAAACCGGAAAAUUUACUAUUGAUAACAGCAGCCCUGGUCCCUCUCCAUUGAGCACUCCUAGCAGCAGCUUUGAUUCAGGGACAGGGUCCUUUUCGGACGGUGGAUCGGGAUCAUGGGCACAUUUACUCUACAGAGGAUUCGUAAUGUCCUCCACAGUCACUAGUGGCGGAAAAUGUAGCAAGCCGGAGGUUGAGGUCAGUGUUAACCACGUAACGUGCACGGAGGAUGCAGCUGCCUUUGUCGCGCUGGCAGCUGCGAUGAACCUCAGUAUGGACGCUUGCAGUUCCUUCUCGACAAAGCUCAGAAAGGAAUUGAGACAGUCUUUCCAGGAUUGAUUAGAAUUCGUUACGGUUCAUUUUGUUCUUAGCUAGGCAAUUUAGUUCAAUUGUUCUUUGAUUUCUUCAUUUUAUCUCGCAGCAAUUUUGGCUGUUAAACGAUCUCAGAGUGUACAUAUCGACAAGUAUAUAAAAUUCUUCUUUUUAUUGAA